GACAGACGUCGUACUAGGCGGGUGGGGAUUUACCAUCAGUAAUUGCGCUGCCGCAGCCAUUAUUGACCACAUAGCCUGUCAUGAUGCGUUUGUAGCCGAGCUUCAGCCAUAUUGCUGUCGGUUGAAGUCCCUGGAUUCUCCUAGCAGAGGUCCAGCUUGGUUUGUACCGUUAUAUUGAUAUAGGGACAGAGCCCGUUGCGAGAGAAUGAACAACCAUCAACUCGAGCCCUGGGUGUAUACAGGCCCAGUCGGGGAGCACGUGACCUCGACCUGCCGUAGGAGAAAGAAGAGCUGCUGCGUCGGUCCUUGCGGGAUCUGGCAGGGUCUGAUAAGGUCAGGAAUAUCAUGGCGCAGGCAUGGGUGAGUUGCAGGAGACUGCUUCCAGAGAUUGAACUGGCAUUGCACGUUGAAGUGUGGGAAGUGAAGUUGAACUCAAGUCGAACAGUACUAAGUGUGCAGUGUGCAGCGCAGCGUGAUGCCAAGCCUCCGUAUGACGAUGAUUCGGUUUGGAGAGAACCUGAAGUGGAAGUGGCAGAAGAACAACGACAACUUGAACUACAGCAGAACGGGCGCGACACAACCUCACCCUCGGAGCUCAUGCCUCUUGGUCCAUCUCUCGUGAAAAGACCUCGUCGCUCUUCGAGCUUGCUUGCCGGGGUGUUUGUGUGAAUGUUGUCUACACACAUACCUCCUAUGUUGCUGGAGUCUAGCAAUUGGCAUUGUUCCUUGCUGGCCCAUCUACCGCACCCUCUGUGCUUCCCAAAUACCCUCCACCCAUAUUUUACCGCCGAGUUAAUCAUCUUCACUUUGUGCUUCAGUGCUGCAUAACUGAAUCCAUCAGUCUGUGACCAAAAUGGCUUUUCAGCCCUCCUCGGCGGAGGAUCCGCUCGUUGCCGCUUUGCCUCCGGCCACAGACUACAUCACCUAUCUGACCAUGCUCGAGUAUCAACUAACCCCCCAAAACCUCCCGACAUUAACCAAGCUUCUCCGAGAAGAUGAUGGUACGCUCGCACAGGAGAUUGGAUGGGAUCUUCUUAAGCUGCUACUACCGCUUCUGAAUCAUAACCCGGACGAGGCAAGCCGGUGUCUGGAAGUGGUUGCUCGACGAGGUAAUCCUCGAGAGGUAGUUGUCCGUGUAGCCGAAGAGCUAGAGAAGCUGGGCGAAGAAGCAGGAGAUUCUGACGAAGAUGUUGAUGCUUCCGACCAUGGUGAUGCCGGGGAGGAGCUGCCCACCUUCGCCGGCGAAGCUCCCCGUAUCCAUCUGGGUUCCAUGACACUGGAAGGUAUGCCACAACCCGGAAAGCGUGUGGAAACCCCCUCGGAUGGCCCAAAAUGGGCUGAAGCAGAGCCUGAAGUGGAUUCGGAUGCAUUGAGACAGCGAAAACUACAAGCAUUGCUGAACAUGCUCGGCAUCCUUCAUCCGAGAAUCAAGACACAAUACCCAAGUCGUUUCCUCGCAACAUCACUACCCGCAGCACUUGGGGCGUAUCGCAAAAUCCCCAUCUCCACUGCAACGACGUCGUGCUUCCUCACCAUGCUGGAAACCCUUGCCGGCAAGCGGCGUCCGGCCCUUCCUCCACGAGGCGGCAGCACCCGUGACACCGUUCCUGGUGCGGGUGGUAGUUCUAGUCAGACUGAAAGCGCUGCUUCGGCACCAUUGCCAGAUCCAGAGGCCAAGGCGGAAGAAGAAAAAACAGGGAUCAACACAUCGUCACCAGAAGAGAAAGCGAUCACGUCCCGGCUGAUUGAUGCCGUCCUCCUCGAGGUACUCGAUGAAUACUUGUCAUCGCUCUCAUCUCAGGAACAUCCGUCUAUGUCCUGGACGGCUCGCCUGCGGGAAAAGCUUGAGCCCCAACGUAUAAUACCAAGCAGGCCCUCCGAGACCCAGGUCUGGGAAAGCAUCGCAGAACUAAAGGAGCGAGAUGCUUUGGUUGCAAGGUUUGGCGCUCUAGGCAAAGACCUGAAGAUAGACGCUGCAGCAGAAAUCAAGAGGCUCAUCCAUGAAACAGAGGAUGAGGACGAAGCCGAAGACUCUCUACUCCAGAAAGAGCAGGAGCCUUCUGAAUACCCGACUUCUCCGUCUCAGAUUCCAUUUCCUAGAGCGGGCGUCAUCUUCCUCUACGCCUACGAGGCCUUCACCCAUGCAGCUCCGCCUUCGACGCUGCUUACUACAACUGAAUUGACGAAGCUGAUCGCACACUCCUUCCCACUUUCGGCAACACCCUCGAUCCCGCACCCCGCGCUGCUAGACGCCCAACUAUCGCUUCUAUACCGCCGGAUUCUGUCCCCGUCCGCCAACGACGCACCACCUUCCCCUGCCAAAUUCCUUCUUCUCGUAAGCACACUGACGCAGAUUUUCUCCAUCACACCCUGGCCGCCACUACGCGAUUCAGCGCAUUAUAUCGCCACGAAACUAUUGCACGCUUACCCGGACCCCAAGGUGCGAUUGGACGUCAUCAUCCAGACACUUCGUGGCAGCACAUUAAGCACCAACUGGGCAGAGAUUGAAGAUGAGGAUGAGCCGGAUCCAGAGCCGGGUAUCGAUGAAGAGACGGGCCUCACGCGGAGCACUUCGGCGCUGCAGCCGCAUCCGAUCCCGUUGGCGCCACCCCAGCAAAUGGGACAACUGAAAGCCGUGGGUGCCGAGUGGUUGAAGGACGAAUUCGCCAUCUGGAUCCGCAGGCAAGAAGAAGCGAAGUCAGACUCGAACACCGGCCAAGGUCAAGCUACAGUCCACGAACAGCCUCUUGCGCGAACAGAUGGCCUCGACUUCUCGGUACUCAGCGACGGUCACACGGCUGCUGCGGAUGGCGAAGAAGACAGCGCGAGUGACGCGACUCUGCUCGACCUUCUCCUUCCGCAGCAGACUUUGUCCGGUCUACGAGCUGCGUCUGAGAGUGGCGGGCAGGGAGAGUCAGAAGACAGCACGGACUCGGACACCCUGUCCUCCUUCCUACUCGACCUCCCUUACUUCGUCGCAACGCUCAAUCUGCUCUGCGUCAUCCUUCCGCAUUUGCCGCCAGCAGACUCAACAACUGGUUCUCCUCUCAAAUCCAGGAUUAACACAUAUAUCACCUCGCUCAGCGAUUCGUCGAGAUUUCUGCAGUCGUUGCUGCAGCAAGCAGCCGCCGCUGCCCAAGCACAGGCGGAUGGGAGUAGUAAUGAGACCGCUUUCCUCGAAGAAAGCCACGGAGACAUGGUUGCUCUCCAGGACGCAUGUGCUCGCGCCACGGCAGCUUUGGAGCAACAAAGCCCUACUAGUACUUGAUACGCUUCGAUCCAAGAGCAGAGAAAGGGGCGACUUGGAGAACAACUGGUGAUGACGGCGUCCGACUUCGAGGACCAGAACCGCGAACCCUCGACAGACAGAGUUCCAAGACAGCUGCCUCUGUAAGGCUUGGGUCUCUUUCGACGACCGGAACUUGUUGUGCUUCGAUCCUGGUCGUGCUUUGUUUGAUGGUCUAUGCUCGACCCCAGCGCAGCGGAGAAGAGAGGGAUAGUCUCCUACACAUGCGAAUGUAGUAUGCAACUCUGAAAAAAAAAGAAGUCAAGCCUAGUAUAUAUGUGUCUUUUCAUCUAUUUGUACUAUCUCUGGUUUGCCUUAAUCCUUCGUCGAUGGCUGGACUAAAGCUCCAUGCCCCGUACAAGCUGCCCAGCAUGCUACGAAUCGAACAGUCCAACGCGCUCACCCCGAAUCAGUAACAGAAAGUCUUUCAUGCCGCAAGGGGCACGAUGCUUUACCAACAUAAUAACUAUAA